GACACUACAAUCGAGGAGGGGCUUUUCCCGGUUUCCACGGAGUCCCUAGAUUGCAAAAUUCAAAUUUGCACAACUCCUUUUCAGUUAAACACGACAGUUUCUUCCCGGGCUAUAAAUACCCCUCUUGUUUUGUUUGUCUUCGUAACCACCCUGCAAUCCAAUUGCAUUAUUGCCGUUGGGCAGGCAUUGUUUUGUUGUUUCACUCAGAUUUUUAGUGUAGCUUUUGGUUGAGUUUUUGCAGCAGAGGAAGAGGAGGAAGAUCAAAGAUGACGGUUGGGGCUGGGAUUUGUGUUGAAGAUGGGAACUUGAUGGUGUUGGGGAACAAAGUGUUGUCUGAUGUUCAUGACAACGUUGUUGUUACUCCAGCCUCGGGUGGUGCACUUACCAAUGGGGCUUUCAUUGGGGUCCAAUCUGAUCAGAUUGGUAGUCGCAGGGUCUUUCCAAUUGGCAAACUUGAUGGAUUGCGUUUUAUGUGUGUUUUUCGGUUUAAACUAUGGUGGAUGACACAGAGGAUGGGCACAAGUGGCCAAGAUGUUCCCUUUGAGACUCAAUUUUUGAUUGCUGAGACAAAGGAGGGUUCUGAUUUUGGUGAAGGAAGCAAAGAUGGGGUGGAUCAAUCUGCAGUUUAUACAGUUUUCCUACCAAUUCUUGAAGGGGACUUCAGGGCUGUUCUUCAAGGGAAUGAACUUAAUGAGAUUGAAAUCUGCCUAGAAAGUGGAGAUCCUGCUGUUGAUGGGUUUGAGGGUAAUCAUUUGGUUUUUGUUGGAGCCGGAUCAGACCCAUUUGGUGUCAUCACAGAUUCUGUGAAGACUGUGGAAAAACAUUUACAGACAUUUUCUCAUCGCGAGAGGAAGAAGAUGCCAGACAUGUUGAACUGGUUUGGGUGGUGCACAUGGGAUGCUUUCUACACUGAUGUGACUUCAGAGGGCCUGAAGCAAGGAUUACAGAGCCUAGAAGAUGGUGGAGUACCUCCAAAGUUUGUUAUCAUUGAUGACGGAUGGCAGUCAGUCGACAUGGAUUCCUCUGGUAUUGGAUACGAAGCUGAUAACGCAGCAAACUUUGCAAACAGGUUAACAAACAUAAAAGAAAACCACAAAUUUCAGAAGGAUGGUAAAGAGGGUCACAGAGUAGAGGAUCCUGCUUUGGGCCUUCGCCACAUUGUUACCGAAAUUAAAGAAAAACACGCUUUGAAGUAUGCUUAUGUGUGGCAUGCUAUAACUGGAUAUUGGGGUGGUGUUAGACCUGGUGUUACUGAAAUGAAACACUACGAUUCCAAGUUGUCCUACCCUAUUUCAUCUCCAGGAAUUGAGUCUAAUGAGCAUUGUGAUGCCUUGAAAAGUAUUACCACAAAUGGGCUUGGCCUUGUGAAUCCUGAGAAAGUUUUCAACUUUUAUGAUGAACUUCAUUCUUAUCUCGCAUCAGCCGGUAUUGAUGGAGUCAAAGUUGAUGUUCAGAACAUUCUUGAAACUCUAGGGGCAGGCCAUGGUGGAAGGGUGAAGCUUUCAAGAAAAUACCAUCAAGCAUUAGAAGCGUCUAUUGCUAGAAACUUUCCUGACAAUGGUAUUAUUUCUUGUAUGAGUCACAACACAGAUGGUUUAUACAGUGUGAAGCGGACAGCUGUUAUAAGGGCAUCAGAUGAUUUCUGGCCUAGAGAUCCAGCAUCCCACACAAUUCAUAUUGCAUCAGUUGCUUAUAACACUGUUUUCCUCGGGGAGUUUAUGCAGCCAGAUUGGGAUAUGUUUCAUAGCCUGCACCCGAUGGCUGAAUAUCAUGGAGCAGCUCGUGCAGUCGGAGGAUGUGCAAUUUAUGUUAGUGACAAGCCUGGGCAGCAUGACUUCGAUCUUCUGAAGAAGCUCGUACUUCCUGAUGGCUCUAUCUUGAGGGCUAAACUUCCAGGAAGACCAACAAGGGAUUGCUUAUUUUCUGAUCCUGCCCGGGAUGGGAAAAGUCUUCUGAAGAUAUGGAAUCUGAACGAUUUUACUGGAGUUGUUGGGGUCUUCAAUUGCCAGGGAGCUGGGUGGUGUAAGGUUGGGAAGACGAACCUCAUCCAUGACCUAGAGCCGGGAACAAUGACUGGGGUUAUUAGGGCUAAAGAUGUUGCUUAUCUGCCUAAGGUUGCAGAUGAUAAAUGGUCUGGGGAUGCUGUCAUAUUUUCUCAUCUUGGUGGAGAGGUGUCCUAUCUUCCCAAGGAUGCAUCCAUGCCGAUAACGCUAAAAUCCCGAGAGUACGAAGUUUUCACAGUGGUUCCUGUUAAGGAAUUGUCCAGUGGUGGUGUAAAAUUUGCUCCCAUAGGCCUAAUCAAGAUGUUCAAUUCUGGGGGAGCCAUAAAAGAGUUUGAAUCUAACACAAGUACAACAGUUGUUCUGAAAGUUUGCGGAUCUGGCGUUUUUGGAGCCUAUGCAUCAACUCGACCCAAGAAGAUAACAGUUGAUUCAGAGGAAGUAGAGUUUGGAUAUGAAGACAAAUCUGGUUUGGUUAGCAUUGCUUUGAGAGUGCCAGAGAAAGAAUUGCACCUUUGGAACAUAACCAUUGAGUUUUAAAGAUCAUAUAUAUGAAUUAUGAGUUGUUGUAUUAUGAGUGUUCUGUUAGGAGCUUCUGUAGAAAAAAAUGGUUGUAGCUUGUAGUUGUGUUGAUUACACUGGGAGAGAAAUGCAGUCUGCCAUUACGCCUGCAUGGCUUGUAGUUGUAUUAAUUAAAAUUGGAAGAGAUGCAGUCUGCCAUUGUUGCCUGCAUGGCUUAUAGUUGUAUUCAUCAAAAUUGGGAGAGAAAUGCAAGUUUCCAUUUAUUUAUGA